CUGAUUCGUCUCGGUGUAGACUCAGAAGUAAAUGCUUUAUAAGUCGGUUACCGACACAUUACAGGUUUUCCUCUUUGUCUUUUUUAUAGUAGCAACACAGACGCCUGCACUAAGAAAAGAAUGGCUUCUAAAAGGAGAUGCAACGCAACUGGAGUUGCUGCUAAAGACCUCAACGAUGUCAUAAAUAAACGGAUUAAAACAGAACACGUAGCUGCUGUGAUACUGGCCCGGGGAGGCAGUAAAGGAAUCCCGCUGAAGAAUAUAAAAAUGCUGGCUGGUGUUCCGCUCAUCGCCUGGGUUUUAAGGGCAGCUUUAGACUCAGAGGUACUUGACAGCGUGUGGGUCUCCACUGACCACGACGAGAUCGAGAGGAUUGCGACCAAGUGGGGGGCUCGAGUACACAGGCGGAGUGAAGACGUUUCCAAAGACACUACGAGUUCUUUAGAAACCCUUCAGGAAUUCUCAGCAUCUCACCCAGAAGUGGAUGUCAUCUGUAACAUUCAGGCCACCUCUCCUUGCCUUCACCCACACCACCUGAAAGAGUCAGUAGAGAUGAUAACCAAGCAAAACUAUGAUUCUGUCUUCUCUGUCGUCCGUCGUCAUCACUUUCGCUGGCAAGAAGUGACAGACAAAGUGAAAACAUGCACUAAGCCUUUAAACCUAAUCCCAGCCCGAAGACCCCGUCGUCAAGAUUGGAAUGGCGAGCUCUGUGAAAAUGGUUCUUUUUACCUUGCCCGCAAACAUCUAAUAGAUGAAGGACUCUUGCAGGGAGGCAAGGUUGCCUAUUUUGAGAUGCCAGCAGAGUACAGUGUUGAUAUUGAUAUCGAUAUUGACUGGCCUGUAGCAGAACAGAGGGUCCUCAGGUUUGGUUACUUUGGUAAGGACAAGCCAGAGCUGGUCCAGGUGCUUCUGUGCAACUUGUCAGGCUGUCUGACUGAUGGGCAGAUCUACCUGUCGUCCUCUGGAGAGGAGUCGUUGUCUGUCAGUACCAAAGAUCUGACUGGUAUCAGUAUGAUACAGAAAGCAGGAAUGGAGGUGAUUCUUCUAACCUCCGGUGAUGCCCCAGAGCCAGAAAAGCUUGCAGAAAAGCUUGCCCAGAAAACAGGCUGUACAAUCAGGCAUCUAAAGAAGCAAAAGCAGGCAGAGGUGGAGAGUCUGCUAGAGGAGAAGAACUUGGUGUGGAAACAGGUGGCUUUUAUGGGCAAUGAUGUGCCAGAUGUGGACUGCCUGAACCUGGCUGGUCUGAGUGCAGUACCCCUGGAUGUACCCAUGGUGACACUCAGUGCUGCCAACUACACAUGCCAGAGUGCAGCUGGGCACGGGGCACUCAGAGAGUUUAUUGAGCACAUCUUGCAACUAAAGAAGGUGUCCCAGUUUCAGACACAGAAUGACGUUUAGUAGAAAAUGCUGAAAAUGAUUUUAGAGGAAUGUUUUAAAUAAGAAACUACAUAAAUAGAUGAAGUGAAAUAAAUUAUUAAAUUAAAUAAUAAUGCUGCUUGGUGUAGGUUAGGACAUUGUCUGGAGGUGAUCAAAGGGGUGAAUCUUAAGCUUAGGAAAUUUCUCUUUUCUGCAUAAUCAAAGUGGCACUUGUAACCAGGUACGCUGCCAGGGAUUUGGUGCCCCAUGAAAAAAAUCUUACAAAAGUAUUGUUAGUCUAUAUAGUCAGUAUGGACGAGGCUAACAGUUUCAUUUUCACUGCUCACAGACUACACUUCUUUUUUAUCUAUGUAUAGUUAUGCUUUUUCCCUUUUUCUUUCAAUUAAGUCAUAUCCAAUUACCACAAAUAUCUGCUCCACCGCUGCUGUCCGAUAAGGGCCGUAUUUAACACUCAACCCCUCCGACGCGUGUGUAGUUCCAACCAACCAAAUUACUGGAUGUUUAGCAGCAAACCUGGCUAUACACCAGAGGGCAACCUUGCACAAUUGUUGCUACAAAAAAAACAAUAAAUUAUGUAAGAAAUAUUGCACUCUACAGUGAUAUGUAGAAAUAGAAGUGUGAUAAUUCUAAUUAAAGCAGUUAAUUCUGUAGACAGCUAUUUAGCAGACACUUCUAUUCAUAGUGACUUACAGUUGUGACAGUAUGCAGUCUAAGCAAUUGAGGGUUAAGGGUCUUUCUCAAGGACCCGACAGUGGCAACCAGGCAGUGGUGGAGCAUGAACCGUCAACCUUCUGAGUACUGGUUUAGUACCUUAACCACUAGCCUACGGCUAUUCAUUUAAAAAUGUUGGUGGAAAAAUAGUUGUAAAAAACAGAGAAUUUAUUCACAAAUUGAUAUACUGUACCUGGUAUUGUUACAUAUCACACAACCUCACCACAUUAAUGGAUUGUCUGAAUGUAAUUAUUCUACAGACGUCUGAAAUGACAAGAAGCAUUGUUCUGUUCUUUUUUUACGUUUACUGUGUAAUUUUUAGUGUGUGGGUAGAGACUUGCUCUUAAGUGGUAAAAACAGGUUACCUGGUUAUGUCUGUGUGUGCAUUUUUAAUUUCUGUCCAUGCUUUUUUAUGCAGAAACAUUUUGUUUGCAUUUUUAUAAACACUAUUAUAAUUUUUUUUCUAUAAAUUAUUAAGUGGUAAAUGAACGUAUGUAGUUUUUUUAUCAAGCCUGAUUAUUACAAUUGUAAAUUAAUAAAAUCUACAUGCAAUCACUAAUUGCAUGUGGAUGGGAAACAUGACUGACUUCUGACCUUUACUCCAGUCAAAAAUUCUGAUUCACUUUAAAUAAAAAAAACUUAUGAAACAAUAGAAGGAAAGCAAGAAAUCAGAUAUUGGUAAUCUUAUUAUAGUUUAACCUGCUUUUGAUUAA